AUGCGCACUGCGGGUCCUGAUGUUUCAAGGCCACCAAUGGCACAAGGAGACGCCUGCCAGCAUCCUCCUCCUCUGUCUCAGACUAAUAAGCACAGAGCUUGCACUGCUGAAGAAUCGACACCCACACUGCAUCUGCAGCCCAAUAUGAACCCGGUAACCAUUGUCCGAGACGGCCACUCCUUCCAUGUGUUGCCACUCUCACCAGCAAUGCCCCCCGACUUCCAUUUAGGUCGCGAUCUCAUCAUUCCAUCAGCCGAGGCCUUCUGUGACCCCAUCAUUGUGUCUGUACCACAGUUCCCUCAGUUCACGGCUCGAAACUGCAGCUGGAGCUCCAUCUUCGAGAUGGUGAAGCAACCAUCCCUCCUUUGGGCCUGCUGGCAUCCUCAUAACCUUGGUGAAUACCACACCAUCAAACAACUCUGGGCGGCUUGGCAUGAGGGCAUGAUCGAGUGGGGAGGAACAAAGGACCGUUCGACUCGCAAAGGGCGCCGUCAGGCUUGGCGGCCACACAAUGACAACAACGUGAGGCGACAGUGGUCCCAAUUCAUGUUCUUCAUCGCACACAUCAACUCCACGAUGGACGCUGGCAAUCACACAUCAGAAGCCGUUCGAAUUCUGGACGAGCAGCAUGGCUCCAUGUCAGUCCCACAGUUCCACUCAAAACUUCAGCCAAAGAAGAAACGGACGCAAGCGCCUGCUGCUAGCACCAACGCAUCAUCUGUGUGA